AUGAAGAGACUUGCCUGGUGCUGCUCCUCCUUUAUAUUCAGACUUAAUCAGAUGCUGGAUCCUCAGUGUGAGGAGAAAAGAGGAGUCUUGGCCUGGGUGUGGUUUUCGGCCUGUCGUGGCAUCGCAGGCAGUUUUGCUGAGGUUUUGUUGGAGGUGUGUACAAGCCAAAGCCGCCUCAAGUGCCAGAGGGCAGAAUUUGGACCCUUUGGAAUUCCAAUAACUGUGUUUCCCAAGAGAGAGUACAAGGACAAACCAGAAUCUAUGCAGCUUAAGAUGGAGCGACCUGUGCAGGGCCCUUCAGUGGCUCAACCCAGUCCUAACCCUGAGCCCAACCCAUGGACUGUAAAACCACCCCCAUUGUUUCAGGAGGGAGCUCCUUACCCACCUCCACUGUUUAUCAGGGACACCUACAACCAAUCUUUACCUCAACCUCCACCUCGUAAGAUUAAACGGCCAAAACGCCGGCUUUACAGAGAGGAGCCCACCUCUAUUAUGAAUGCCAUCAAGCUUCGACCGAGACAGGUGCUGUGUGAUAAAUGCAAAGGGGCUGUAGCAAGGGAGAAGCGAACGCGCAGAGGCCCCGUUUCGGACUGCCGGAGCGAUGAUGCAAAGCGUCGGCGAAACGAGAGCACAGUUUCGGGUGCUGGGAAGCGGCCUCGCAACGAUGCACGCUCGGAAGACAGGAGCCGCUCGGCCGACGUGCCUAAGCGGCAGGCCUCAGCGAUACGGCCAAGUAAAAGGAACAGCUGCAGGAGCCGAGUCAUUAAAGGAGUGUGUGCCGCAGCAGCGGCCUCAGCCAAUGCCCGAGUCCAGCUCAGUGCCAAGAAAGUGCUCCAGAGCAAAAACGUCGACCAUUCGAAGGCACGUGAAGUGCUGAAGAUGGCGAAAGCACAGAAGAGGCAAAGGGAAUCGGUCACUGACAGUAGCGGCAACACGAAGGCCAUGACGAGGGCCGCGACUCUUCAGGAGGCCCACCAGAAGGUCCACUUCACGCGACGACUGCAGCAGAUCAGUGGAGGAGGACCAGGCAUGUCCAACCCGCUGCCACCCAGGAUGCGCAUCAAGCCUCAAAGGUACCGUAAUGAAGAAAAUGAUUCUUCCUCAUGUAAGCCACCUUGCUUGGAGAAAGUGCCGGGAGGAGGGCGUUUAGCGCUGCCUAAACUAGCUGCUCCUCGCUGCACCUCCACACGCUCUGCAGGGCAGGCCACUGCCGCUGCAGAGCCUCAGGCCAGACAGAGAGCUGGAUCCCCCGUUGAGACAGGCACGACCCAAACCCCAACCGCUCACCCAGCCGCCAUCGGACCACAGCAAACCGCAGCCUGAGCCAGAGGAGCAGGGACAGGAGAUGCGCGGGAGCAAGGCUGGCAACCUGGUGGUAUACAUGACCCUGAAACCCAGGCAGCCCGACUCCUCUAGUACCUCCAUGUGCAGCGUCGAUAGUGCAGAUGACUUAAAGUCGUCAAACUCUGAGUGUAGCUCGACUGAGACCCUUGAGUUCCCUCCUCCUGGCGAUUUUCGAUCUGCCUCCGCCCCUGGCACAUCUUCCACUUUCGUCUCUGCCACUUCCUCUGCUCCCAAGGAUUCAAAAAAGCGCAGUAAAUCUCUCAAGGCUGCAGUUUUUUCCAAAAAUGUCUCAAAGUGUGUUGCUCUGGAUGGCAGGACCA